AUGGCCGUUUUCACACUAGGGGCGGAUUAUUCGGGUGAGACAGGUUAUCCGUUUGAUAAUUCGCGUCAGAUAGGUAAUACGUCUUAAUUUGAAAAUGGAAUGGUUUUAAUUUUGAAUCAGAACAAUCCGCCUGGCUUUCUCCGUCAACUUUGACGGACAAUUUAAUUGAAGAUGGGUUAUCCAUUUCAGAUAGCCUGUGUACAGCCGCCCCCUCCCCUCAGAAGGAGGAAGGGAGAAGGAGUGUCUGUGGGGGAGGGGGUGACUGUACAUAGGCUAGUCUCAGAUGGAUAAUCCAUUUCUAGCUCUAGUGUGAAAACGGCCAAUUUAAAACAAUUCCCGAGUCCAGUGUUUUUAAUGAUAGCGAACGACUGUACUGAACGACUGUCUGCCGUUUCCUUGUCCGUAGGCCUCAUUAUUCCGCGCGGCUGAUGCGUUUCGGGGCACGUGGUGUGAGCAAGUUUUUUCUCAGAUACGCCACCGAAAUGCCUUGACCAAGAUUGCGUGGAAAGACGCCGUAGCAUCAGAGAAAAACAGGGAAUUAUUACUUGGAAUUGUUGUUUAUCGGCGACGUGUUUUACAAACAGUGACAUCUCUGCGUGUUGCUAGUAUUUCGAGAGCAAGACCUGAAAAUCUCAAAUAUUAAUCCCCAGCAAGAAGCCAGAUUUUCGCUAUGGAAAAAAUUAGUUCCCCGAGAGAGCGGUGGCGGAAAUGGAGCCUAGGUCUAGGUCAACACCUAAAAGCUAGGCGCUUGGCCUAACGUGCGUACGCAGUCAAAGUAGCCGGGAAAUAAAAACGCAACCAUAAGUGAGUUUAGCACCUUCCUUAAAACUAACAAAUCUAGGAAACAAUUUCUUUUACGGUUAACUCUUUCUUACCCUAUUUACGGCUAAUGGUUAAAACUUUUCAAUUUUUACAGCUAUCGACUAAAUUUUUGGCCGUUUUACACCUAUCGGUUAACCCCAUUGAGACCCUCAGCUAAGUGUGCUCCCCUUAAAAAGUAGUAGGCGAGCUCCAUGGACCUACUGACACUACACACGGUUAUAUAUAUCUAGCCGAAUUUUUGAAAUCUCCAAAGUAAUAGCCAUUAUAAAUUCAAACUAAGAAUGCAACUAUUGCUUUCACAGUUUCUGUGCGCUUUUGUUCUGCGUGUAAAUGCUAAGCAGGUUAACUCUGGGGGAGUACUCCUGGAAUCCAGGGACAGGGGUGGAGGUGUGCCGCCCGUUUCUCAACAUCCUGACCCUAGUUCAGACUCAAAAAAUGGCAUUUUCCAUACCCAUUUUCAGACCUGGGGCCCUUUUUCUCGAAAGUCCCGGUAUUUUUUCGGGCCUGGAAAGCGGAGUUGUGUUUGCUAUGUUUGUAUUCAAGAUCACACUUUCAAAAAUUUUCGGAAAAUUUUGCAAUAAAACUAUCAGUUAACGAAGAAAAAUUGACUGGUUUUUGGGCUAGGACAGGAGCCGAUUACUGCCCUGCCGCUAGGAACUGUCCUACUAUUCAACAGGUUUUGAUUUCAAAAUUUGCCUUCGGGUCCGAAAAGUUUCUGGGCCUUUCGAGAAACGGGCCCGUGGUCUCUAAGAAAUGAUGUUACCGUUACUUAGUGUGCUAGAGAGCAAACAAAAAGAUUUUCUUGAAAUUCAUCUCGAGUUCGCAUAUUACUCUGUCCUUUCUUGUUCAUUUGGAAUUGAAACCGACAAAUAGGUUCAUACACUCCCGAAGUUCCCUCGAAAACAGGGACCGAUUGCAGACCAACAAAAUGGGCAAACCAUGCAUACCUGGGGCAGAACAUACGGUACCCAAAUAGCUUUGAUCUCGACUUCUAUACGAGGGACUACCCCCCCCCCCCCCGAAGCUAACUCGCUCUCGAGGUAAAACUUGCGUGUACGGGGUAUGAUGUGCCCCUUUUGACACCUGUCUGUUUUCUAAAAAAACAGCGACGACAAACUGUAACCAGAGACCUUUAGAGAUAAUCAUUCAGACUCCGCAUUCCGUGCAAAGACUUUCAUUGCGAGCAAAUCCAUCUGAAGUCGGACUAUCAACAGCUUUUUACAGACGCUGAAAUAGAGGAGAAUAUUUCUCAAGGUUUUGCCAUGAAGAAGACAGCAGACAAGACUGUAAAGCCUAAAACUGAAAAGCGCAUCAUGCUGAUGGCCGUGGUUUUGAUGGCCGCAGCAGUUGUUGUUUUGAUCAUCGGUAUGGUGUGGAUGCAGGGUGAAAUACGAAGUCUGUUAAACACUCUUAAAAAGUUCAAGGCGUUACAAGGUAAUACUUGACUGUCUCACUUAUAGAUGAAUGCCUCUUUGCAAAAAGUACUUAUGCUGAUGAAAUAGCUAUACAUUCUCUGUAUACUCUGUUCUUAAUUAUGACGUAAUAGGUCGAUAAUGAGCGCCUUUGAUCUUGAAUCUGGAUAACUUGCGAUCAGGCGAUCCUUCUUCCAUUUUUAUCCUGAAAGAAACAGAGUUGCACAGGAGUCGAAAGAUUGAAGGGGUAGCCUGCAGAACAGGCGCUAUUUUCUUGCGUUUUCCAGGUGAGCACGAGGCGGACGUCGAAGCGGGACACGCGCGACAGGGGAAGGCUAGCCUGCAGGCCUGGCUAGCCUGCAUAACAGGCGUUUUAUGAGCCACGAGAGGCAAAUGCGGCAUUUUGCGCGAAUCUCAAAGCGAGUGUAAGGCGCGAGACGAGGGGAGGCCGCGUUUGCCUCGCGUGGCUCAUUAAGCGCCUGUUAUGCAGGCUAGGGGAGGGCGCACUUUUCCCCGUCGCACGUGGCGAGCGCUCUAAGUCCUUCUUGCUCGCUUGAAACAAGGGAAUACUUGAAAUAACGCCUGUUCGGUAGUCUAAAGGAUCCCUAAAGAAAGGCAGUGUGCCUUCACCCGUCGGCGUGCAAAAGUGCCAGGGGAUCUGUGCCUAAACAUACUAGUUCCACAGCCACCACUAGGCGCACCAAGCUCUAAGCUGGUGGCUGAUUCCUUGCAAGCACCUAACCACUAUAACUUAGUGUGUUUACUGAAUAUUACUAGGAUUCAUAUGUACUAGUUAUACAAUGGGAGAGGCUUGAAAUGGGCUGCACACAAUUUAGGUUUUUGAGCAGGGAUUGUAAGUGAGGUUCUUUCAUGCGCGGAUCUAAGAUAAUAUAUACUGACCGAUUUCCAAAAACGAGCACGGAAGGCGUAAGUUCCUAGGGGGAUCCGGAGGCAGGUUCCCCCAGAAAAUUUUUGGAUUUUAACUCCUUAAAGUCCCCUUUCCUGGGUUUUGUAGUCAUUCAGACAGGAUAUUGGCCAGAUUUCAACUUGGAAAUUGUUUCUUUAUUACAAAAAAUAUAAUUCUUAUGAAAAAUCUGACCCAUAUCCGCGCCUGUCUUUGUCCCUUGCUUGCCUUGCUGGCGUCGCGUGGGUAGAAAUGUUUCGUCAUUACGAAAAACACCUUAACGUCGCAGGAUAUUUAGCGUAUUUAAAGUGUACUCCCCAGGUGUUUUGUUAAAAAUUGCCUAGCCAAUGAUUUUUUCGGACCUAUUCGCGACUUCCAUCCUACGAGCUAAGAAGCAGAAUGUUUAGUAACUCUUGAAUGAGUAUAGAGACGAUCAAAUAAGAAUUCCAUGUUGCAAGUCCCAUUUCGUGCAUCAACAUGUGACUAGCGUAACGAAAGGCCAAAAAAAUGUCAUCAAAGAUAUGUGUCAAAUAGCUUUAAGUCAAGCUUUGUUUACCAUGGUUAAAUAAUUCAGUAUAGUCUGGCGAUGACAAUCUCCCUGCAGGAUGAUCAAGUUUUGGAAUCUCUUCACUAUGUUUUUAAAAAGGUUUUAAAAUUGAAGUUAAAGUUGUAGCAAUAAUUGGUUUUGAAACAAAUUGACCCAAAAAAGGUGAGCAUAAUAGCGGAAAUGCUUUACUGAGGCUUUCGAUCAGUUCAACGCCGACGCAAAAAUUUUUGUGUGGGUCGUGAACACGUAGUCUGCGAACAGCAGACGCAUUUCCGGUCGUCGCUUGCAGACGAUGCGUCUGCUGUUCGCAGGCUAGUGAGCUUGGGGUGGUGAAAAGACGCAAAUAUCUUUGUGAGGGUGGUGAACCCUAGUCUCGCUCGCAGCCGUUUUUUGGAUGUCACGCAACGCUCCCCGGUGAACCCGGGGUGGUGAAAAGAGGACCUCGAGAGUGUGUGCGCGAAUGGGACAAGCGCGAAAUGACCGCGCCACGCUUCGAUACCAAGCAAUUUUUACUAAAAAGAAGAAAAACCACUGUUCAAAUUGUAACGAAACUGUUUCAAUUUAAACAGAGAGUCAAGACAAAGCAAAUAGUUCCUACUCUUUGGCUGGUCGCCAAAACACUCGAGGAGAUGUGAUCAGGCGGCUUUCAAGGUCUCAGCCAGGUAGGUUAAUGCCCUUUAGUAAAAUCCAACUAGUGGUCUAUUAUCAAUGCUGCAUUCUGAUUGGUUGAGCUAUUACUAGGCUAUAUGUUAUAGCCCACUAGUAGCGAAAAGCGCGGGCUUUUUGGCGGUAAAAAAUAUUAAAGUCUAGCUUUAACUAGCUAAAUAUUUUUUUAUUCUCGAUAUUUUUGACCAACUAUAUGGUUGGAUUUUACUAAAACAAUUAUUCCUCUUGCCCUCAUGGCCUCUGAGUCAAUAGCCCAGCUAGUGACUCAGAGCCCAUUCGGACUCGAGGAAUAAUUGUCAAAUCUAAUUUAAAGGCUCGUGUGUCAUUCGUGAGAUCAUUCUCUCUGUAUACUGCUCGAAAGCAUUGCAUAACUAGUAUAUGAAAACUGACCCACCUUUCAGGAUUUCUAUUGCAACUGAAUCGUGCAAAGUAAACCGACCAUGCAUACUAAGCAAAUCAUAUAAACCAACAUUAUAUUGCUGUAAGUUUUACUAUUGGAAUAUUACAAAACGAACAAGUCAGAAUGAAGCCGUUCCUUACCCCUUAAUGUUAUCUUGAUUCCUUCCCUAUACUUUUCUGCUGUCAAUUUUAGCUACGCAUACCGACCAUACCAAGUUGUAUCGGCCAGGUUUUUGAUUGACGGAGGAGAGGGUGCAACCUAAGAUAACCAAGUCUGUGUCUGAGUUGACGAAGGGAUACCUGGGUGUACUUCGAACCAGAGGGUGCAUGGAUCAAACCUACGUAAAUGCAGCACCCUUCUUUGACUUUUCUUUUUUGAGGGGCAGGAUACGGGAUGCGGAUGCGGAUCAGCCUUUGACGUGUGGAGACGAGCGGAGAAGGGGGAGGGGUGGGGUUGUUUGUGAAGUUAGUGGUAGCGUUACACUACAAUCACUUUUUAAUGUCUUAUUUAAUCAGCUCUUGUUGUGUGUGGCAAAAAAGCUAUGCGUUUGUUUGCCGAUGAUUGAUUGAUCAUUGAUUAAAUUUAUUUUCUUAAUUCCUUUCUGUAGGUGCACAUCGCUGUGAGCCUAUAACAAUUUCAUUCUGUCAAAAUAUGCCAUACACUACGACCCAGUUUCCAAACUUCUUGAAACACCGGUCACAAGACGAUGCCAAGCUAGCGAUAAAACGCAAAUUUGACCGGCUCUUAAAAAGCAAGUGCUCUCCUGAUAUGGCCCCCUUUUUAUGCUCCAUUUUGGCACCUCCUUGUAAUGGUACCCAGAAGCCUGUUUCUCCCUGCAAAGAGCUCUGCAAGCGCGCUAUGAAGAGCUGUAGAAAAGAACUCCAGCGAUUUGGAAUCAACUUAGGUUCAGCAAUGAAAUGUCGUAAUCAUCCUAAAGAGGCUACAUCACAGUGUUUUAAUGGAUCGUGGCCAAAAAACACAAUUGGUAAGAAAUAACUUGGAAUUUCCUUUGCCAUCUUUUUUUCAAUUUAUUUAAUACAUACCAUCAAAACUCUAAUAACGGGCACCUCUGUAACACAAACACCCUCAGGUUCAACCUUGUUAUCAUUCACCUUAGUCUGCAAAACAGUUGGGUUUUUUUUCUCAAAAUCAGUAAAGAAAUCAAGCAAGACUCUUGCGCGUGCGAAGCGCGCGAGCUUCACUCGCCCGUCGGGUGUCUCUACCCAGUCUCGCUUUCUGUUUUCAGCUUCGUUCCGGACAUUUUGUUUGACUGCUAGCGCGUAGUUGAAUAUACAAAAAUACGGACUGUUUUGCAGUCUACAUUCACCUCCCCAAGACCAACAAUAGGCGCGACUUCGAGGUCGGUUUUAGAGCUUUGACUGUAUACAAGUCGUUUUUUAACAAGUUACGAGAGGCGAAUUAUGCAAAAUCUGUGUAAACAUCGGAUCUCUAAGCGUAAACUCCGUACCUAUUUCAAUAUUUUGACAAAGCUUUGCAAAUCAAAAGUUUAACUUAAUUUAGCGGGAUUAUCCCCACGAGUGCUUCGUGUGUAGGGAUAGCCAUGCACGAUGUCGAACUUUGGUGUACUAUGCCCCGGUCUUAUUUCCUUGAUCCAUAACUUGGAAUAAAGCUCAUCCCGCUAUCAAGAAAGAAGUCUGAAAAUGAAGGGAGAAAUGCAUCGACUGAACACGAGGAAGAACUCUCUUGAAUUUUCAGAGGCUAAGAGGCUGGUAACUGAGUGUUUUUACAGCUUGAUACUUAGGGUUGGUGUCAAAUAUUAGGACAACCAUAAAAAAGUAUUCUAACGACCUGAGGCUAUUCUCGCAAAGCAUAUAAAAAACGGGGUUAAUAAUGCUUUUAUUUAUUUAACACGUACGGUUGUUGGCUUGAAGUUUUUGUGUAUAGUUAUCAACUGUGAUGAAAGCCAUGCAUCUCUUUCGUUCUUAUUUGCCCACACAGCAACAGGAUGCCAGCCAAUAAUGUUAACCCAGUGCAUGGCACACAACAAGACCCUUCAAGCCGGGCAUGCACAGAUGCCUAACUACUUUGGUCAUGUGACUGAGCAGGCUGUCCGCGCAAGCUUUAAUCGGUUCAAUGACAUCUUUUUAAUCGCUCCUAAAGAGUGUUCGUCCAUGUUAGCCCGUUUUCUGUGCCCAAUGUACGCUCCAUCUUGUGCAGACUCCAAGACCCUUUUGCCUCCUUGCAGAGAAUUCUGUGUGCAAACAAGAUCGCAGUGCAAGCGUUUUAUUAAUCAAGCCCACAGACAAAAUUCUUUUCAAUGGCCAACGGAUCUCAAAUGUAAAAACUUCCCACGUAAAGAUGAGGCUAGCUGUUACAUGGGGCCUUCAACUGAAGUGGCUAUUUCUAGGCCACCACCUGUACCAGGUAAGAUUUAUUUAAGACGAGUUUUCUUAACCAUUGCCGCCCUCCUUGUCCACCAGGCUCCAUCGAUAUUUCCAUACCUUGAUGCGCGAAGCAAAGGCUCACUGUCAGUGGAAUUCUUGUCAUAAAAACUUUAAAAUCGUGAGAAGCAUGUUUAAGCAUGAACUUGCAUAAAAUUUUUCAAAACAUGUAGGGUUGAUCAACUUUCUUGUUAAGUGGUGGAAACAUAAAUUUGGCAUUAACAGUGGAAAUGUGCAUUUGACUUUUUACCGGCUUUUAUGCAUUAAUUUGAAAACUUGUUUUGCUUUUUGGUCGUGAGCCUCUUUCAAAAUAGUUUUCAAAGGUGAAAAUAACUGAAAACUUCAUAAAUUCUCUUGAAAGGGGCUGUUUCAAAAUUGCCAAGUUCUUUUUCUCUAUGGUACUCAGCGUUAGUGAAGAAACUACUUCUAAAUAUGAAAAUCACAACUUCACGGCAAACAAAGGUGUCUCCAAAGCAUUAAAUCAAACGUUACAAAAACGCAAAAGCGAACGUUGAAAAACUGUUUGGCUAACAAGUUUUGAAAGCCACUACUCCAAUCCGUUUUAAUCUUCUGUUUACAUAAAUAUUCCUUCUUCUCAUGUUUUGAGCGGAUAUUUUCAUAUUUUACUCAAUUUGGCGGAAGUUCUCAAUGUUUGAAUUUUGAUGAAUUUCGUGACCUGUAGCUCCUUUAUUUUUUUUUCUUCUCAGGCAAAUGCCAGGUUUUGACGAUUCCAUUAUGCCAAACCUUACCGUACAACAUGACGAUGUUUCCCAACCUUGUCCAUCACAAAACCCAAGGGGAGGCAGCCUUGGAAGUUCAUCAGUUUUACCCCUUGGUACUAACCAACUGUUCUUCGUAUUUGACACUAUUUCUGUGUUCGCUCUAUGCACCUAUUUGCACGAUCCUGAAUAGACCGCUACCGCCGUGUAGAGGUCUCUGUAACCGAGUAAAGAAUGGGUGUCUUCCUUUGUUACAAAAGUUUGGUUUUUCGUGGCCAGAGAGCAUGGCGUGUAAAAAGUUCCCUGAGAGGAAUGGCCUUGGAAUAUGCGUGGACUUGGCGACCAUUGCUGCAGUCACGACCCAACCGCCACGCCCGACGAACGGUAAGAUUAGUGUUAAUGAUAUAUGAAAUAAAUCAUAUAUGAACUGCGGAAAUGAAAUGAAAGUGAAGAAAUGAUCGUCGCAGUUAACACAAUUUAUGCAAGUGCGUAAAGAAGCCUGAAAAAAAUUCACGACUUCAACGGGGUUUGAACCCGUGACCUCGCGAUUAGCGGUGCGAUGCUCUACCAACUGAGCUAUGAAGCCACUGGUACCAGGUACAUAAGAUACGUGAACGUGAAACUAGAGUCACGUUUGACGGCAGCCCUUUUUCCGCCUCCUAUUUCUUAGGCGCGUUCUACCCAAUCUAUAGAUUAUCGGGGACUGAUUGUUAACAUUUUUAUCUGAACCUGUACUGAUUAAAAAUCAGAAUGACGCUCUUAUCGCAAGACUGUGUAACGGACAGUCACGGAGAAAUGACUAGGUAAAAGACUGGCUAACUGCCUUACAGGCUUAUUGUGUCUUAGAUUAACGAACAGACUGCAGGUAAAAUGAGCGAUUGACUAACUUUUUUCGGGUUUCCUGCCAAAGAUCAUUGCCAAUGGAAAUGAUUUAGCUGACUAAAAAACGGAUUAUUUCAGGUAAUCUAAAAAAUGUUUGUUUUAUUUUUGCAGCAAAAGACAGAUGUGAACGAAUAGCUGAUGCUACAUGCAGUGCUCAGCAAUACAAAAUGACCCGGAUGCCCAACUUCUUUAGGCACAAAAGUCAAAGCGAGGCUUCUGGUGAACUAAGCAAAUUUCUCCCUGUUAUUCAAACAAACUGCUCAUCAGAGUUAAACUUCUUCCUGUGCUCCUUGUAUAUCCCGCGUUGCAGAGCAUACAAAACUUUGCCUUGUAAAGAGCUCUGCGUUCGUGUCAGAAAGAGUUGUCGUGUUCAAUUUCGCGAGAUAGGAUUCAAGUUUCCAGUGUCUUGCUCUAAGUUACCAAGAAAAGACGAGUCCUCUCAAUGUAUUGACGGAUCGAGUCCCACCCAGAUGGCCAAGACCACACCCUCUUCCGCCGGUAAGUAGGUCUCACCUUAUUUAUAUUCAAACUUUGGGUACUUUUCGCAUGCCUGCCUGACCAGAACAACAACUAAUAGUAGUUAGUUGUAACUACAACUGUAGUUGUUGUACACAGAACAACAACUAACCAAGAAAGAAUGGAACGACAAUUAAUCGCAAGAUCUUCUGAGGUUUAGCCGGCGGAGAUCUCCACUUGGUCUGACGCGUGUUAUGACCAAACGUUUAGCUAUGUGUAGCUCCCUACGAGAUGGGACUCCUGGGGGUACUCCUGGGAAUACUAGGUGGGGGUUUGCCGCCCGGUUCUCCAAAUCCUGACACUAUUUCAGAGCAAAAAAUGUAAUUUUCCACACCCGUUUUCAGACCUGGCCUGUGGGCAGAAAUUAUUUUAUCAUUACUUAGAUUAGAGCGCAAACAAAAAAAUUCUUCAAAUCCAUUUCGAAUUCGCAUGUUUCUCCUUUUUUCGUACUCAUUUGGAAUUGAAAAGAUAAAUAGUUCAUAAACUCCCGUAGUUCCCUGGAAAACCAUACCCAAUUCCAGUCCAAAUUAAAAUGUGCAAAGUGUAUACCCGUUUUUAGACCAAAACGGCACAAAAACCGUACCUGAUGGGGCGGCACAUACCUAUAUAGCUUAUUGAAAACGUUACCGUCAAGAAGACUUUUGCAGGGACUGAUCAGACAACGUGAAAUAGAGUUAAGUUACGAUAUUUCAACUCGCCAAUACCAAUACUAGUAUUGGCCAGUCCAAAUAUUGCAACUUAACUCUAUUUCACGUUCUUUGAUCAGUCGACCCUGCAAAAGUCUUCUUGACUGCGACGUUUUCAAUUUGAUCUACUUUGACUGAUCAAGAUUUUGUUGGAUCCGACGCGGCAUGUUGAGCAAGAUAGAUCGUACACGGUUUUUGCAGUUUUUUUUUUUUUAUAUAAGGGAGUACCCCCCCACAAAGGGAUCGGACUAAACAAAAAACGAAGUGGUUACUGCUGCCGAUCUGACUGGUAAUACUCCUCUCUUUGAAGCGCGGGAUGGUCCACGUUUCCCAAAAAAAGUCAACCUCCGACUAGAAGCGUUUCUUCUAUUUUUUUUACCGAAUUUCCAGUGAUUUUGGCAUUAAAUAUAAGCACCCUCCCUAGCACCUCCUGUGGAUGACAUGGGCUUCUUUUCUACCGUAGCCAGGGAAAAUUGGAUAGAGAAAACCAUCUCACCCGCAACGCAGGUUUUUAGAUCAGUGGUUGUGGACAGUUAAAAGCUUUUUCCGCGAUUCGAAAACAAAACGCACUCUCGACGCAUGCAAAAAUCGCUUUGAACCAACUUAUCUUUGCGGGUUUUAUGUUUCCUGUAAUAUGACUAGUCAUUACGUUUCUUCAUUUUUUAAAUUAUCAUUUCAAUCAUUAGUUUCCAAUACAGGCCGCUGUGAAGCACUGGUCAUUCCACUCUGCAGUGAUCUGCAACAGAACAUGACGUUGUUCCCAAACAUUUUGAACCAUCGAACACAAGAAGAAGCCGCUUUAGAGGUUCAUCAAUUUUUUCCACUUGUGAAAGUGGGCUGUUCCCCGUAUUUGGCCCAGUUCCUGUGCUCUGUUUACGCUCCGCCCUGCGAAGAACCACGCCAGCCUUGCAGAGAGCUUUGUAACCAAGCAAGAGAGGGCUGCGAGGCGCUUAUGCAGAGAUUUGGCUUCACCUGGCCGGGGAUUCUGGCUUGCAAUAAAUUCCCAACUAGACAUAACGGGACUAAUUGCAUUGGCUGAUUCACUGAAGUCCAAUCUACUGCUAUUUCAACCAAAACUUGUAGACAGUGAAUUUGUGAGUUGUAUCAUGCAUCAUCAGUGUUUUUAAACAAGCUUUUUUUUUUUCAGCACUGACUUGUCCCUAUGGCCCAUUUCAUACUAUCACUAACCUAAAAUAUGAAACAACUUAAGGCCGAAAACGGACAAUAUCCGGCCAGAAUGGCGACUUGACCGGCCAAAAAAAUUCACGCGCCUGUCACGUUGACCAGUCACGGCUUAUUGUAUUCGACGGUACGGUACUAAACGAAACAAUCAAUCUUUGACUGGACAAGACUUUCCUCACACACAGUUAGGCAGCAUGUUUCUUUUUUCUACUUACAUGCUCGCCUUUCAUUAAGCCACUUUUUGAAAGGUAUAGCGAUAACUAGAACUGGUAAAAGAUAGUUUUGAGAUUACAAGCUGUUAUUAGUGAACUUUUUUGGUUUAAUAUUUUUACCGGUCGAACCUCCCUAAAAUCAUUUUUAGCACUGCAACUGGAGCCCGUCAUACUUGACUUCUUUUACUCGAAAACUUUAGCUUUUUUGCAUGGUUUAGCUCUUACUAUUCUGCAAUAUAAUCAUGGGUCUGUUACUGUGCAAUAGGACCUGGAGCUUGGAGUCUUUAAAUACAGUAAAAUAUAGCAUUUGUAAUUAAGAAUAGACACACGAUAAGCUACGAUAAGGCACGCCAGUCUUCGGCAGUUAAUUUAUAAAUUGGAAGUUGCUUAAACGCUCCCCAGUCCUUUCGUGUUCCAAUCAUUUGAGGGAUCUGAACUCUUUGUUGGCAGGCCUAAAAAAAUUUGGCUGGAAGAAAUGUGUUUUUUAUAAUUUUUGCUAUCUUUUAACUUAGAAUUGAUUUAUUUCCUGUCUUGAAUUGUAGUUUACAUCCGGCCACGAGUAUUUCAAAUAAUUUAAUACUGAAUAAAAUGAUUAUUUCUAUACAACAUUGUUGCGUUUUUUACUUACGAUAUUGCUCAAAGUUUUGAUAAAACGUGGA